AUGAGAUUAUUAAAUAAUUUAAUUUUAAUGGUUGUUUUAUUUGUUGCAGUUUCAAAUGCCACUACAAAAUUUACAUUCAAUACCUUCUCAGUUAGAAAUACCGAAGAUCAAACAUGUUUCACUAAAACCGCUAAAACAACAGAUGAUAGUACAAAGGUUGAUAUUAAUAAAUGUACAGUAGGUUGUGGUGGUUCAAUGAAAAUUCGUAAAGGAACCAAAUCUCAACAAUAUCAAUUCGAAUUGUUUAGUUCUACAGAUUGCACUGGUGAAACAACAUCAAAGGUUUUAUUCGUUUGUCCAAAUCCAUCAAUUGAUGCAAUUUCAAUUAAAUCAACUUCAAACACUAUUAAAUGUGGUACUCUUCCACCAGAUUCUGAAAUCAAAGAAGAUGAUACUGCAACUGCUGUUGUAAAUGAUGAAAAUAAUAAUGAAACCAAAAAUGAACCAAAAACAAAAACAAAAUCAACUCCAAAAUCACCAUCAACACCAAAAACAAAUAAUAGUAAUGAAGAUUCAGAUUUAACAACUUCCUCCUCUGAUUCAUCUUCUUCAACAAAAUCAUCACCAAAAUCCAAAUCCUCUACUGAAGUCAAUGAAAAUAAACCAAAAUCAGACAAUGAAACUGCUGAAGGUAAUAAUGCUUCUUCAAACAUUGCAACUUUCUCACUUGUUAUUAUUUCUUUAUUAGUUGCUUCUUUAUUUUAA